AUGGACGGUGUAAUUGCAAAAUGGGAGGAGUUUGAGAAUUCUAAGAAAUAUGAAGAAGCAUACUCUGUAGUAUCCAAUGCAAUAAUUGAUAACAAGGAUCCUGAGUUGUACUGGAGGAAGGCUCGUAGCUGCAGAAAUCUAGCUAACUCACUGGGUAAAAACGAUAAACAAGUGUAUAAAAAGUACAUCGAAGAAGGUAUUUCAGCUUGUGACGAAGGGCUCCGAAUAGAUCCAGAAAAUUCUAAGUGCAACUCCUGGUACGGAAUAUUUUUAAACUUAUCGUCAGAAAUUGAGGGAAUAAACAAGCGGAUAGAAAAUUCUUUUAAGAUGAAGGAACACUGGAUGAAAGCCAUAAAAUCAAAUCCUGACGACUUUAUUACAUUGCACGCUCUUGGGAGAUGGUGUUUUGAGGUUACAGAUCUUCCAUGGAUAAAGCGAAAGUUUGCUGCUACCUUUUUCGGUGAACCACCUACGUCUACCUAUGAAGAAGCUCUUAACUAUCUUCUUGAUUCAGAAAAAGAGGCUCCUGGAACUAUCGUAAAAAAUUCUCUCUAUAUAGCAAAAACGUACCACAGGUUAAAGAAUUAUGAUCUGGCUAAGAAUUAUUGUCAUAAAGUGUUAGAAUUUACGGAAGAUGACUUGGAUACUGAAGAGGCAAAGAAGGAGGCAUCCGAGCUGUUAAAGAAACUGUAA